AUGUCUGGCGUGUUGAGUCUGUUCUCCUUGCAGGGCCGGACAGCUAUAAUUACCGGUGCGACCAGGGGAAUUGGCCAAUCUCUUGCAAUCGCUUUAGCAGAGGCGGGAGCUGAUAUCGUCCUGAUACAGCGCGACUCCAGCAAUGUUGUUACGAAAGAGUGUAUCGAAAAACUUGGUAGAAAGGCGACCAUCUACGAAGCAGAUCUUGCAGACAAUGCUCAAAUCAGUGGCUUGAUCAAGCGCGUUGUUUCCGACGGUCAUGACUUGAGCAUUUUGGUCAAUUGUGGUGGUAUACAGCGUCGUCACCCGCCACACGAAUUCCCAGAUAACGACUGGAACGAGGUGCUUCAAGUCAAUUUGAACACUGUUUUCACCCUCUGUCGUGAUGCAGGUGCUCACAUGCUGACGCGGAAGGGUCCUCAUCGUGGCUCCAUCAUCAAUUACAAGAUUGCGUCUUUGGUCUCUUUCCAAGGAGGGCUCAACGUACCUGCCUACGCUGCCGCCAAGGGAGGUGUAGCCCAGCUGACAAAGGCACUAUCAAACUCCUGGGCCUCACAGGGCAUUAACGUCAAUGCUAUUGCUCCUGGCUACAUACAUACCGAUAUGAACGAUGCUCUGAUCAAGGAUGAGAAACGUGCUGCAAGCAUCUUGGAACGCAUUCCAGCGGGUCGAUGGGGGUUGCCUGAGGAUUUUGCUGGGUCAAUAGUAUAUCUUGCUAGCAGAGCAAGCCUGUAUGUAUCAGGAGAAGUGUUGACAGUGGAUGGCGGUUGGAUGGGCCGAUAG